AUGGCUUCAUCAGGCACAGAUGAUUUAACCAUGCAGCAGUUAUGGGACGAAGCAGCUGAGCGAUUUCUGGCUCGUACCGGAAAAGGCCUCAACCGAAAGCCUCCAAUGACAAUAGACGACGUGCGAAAACAGAUAGAAUCGCGAGAUGAUCCGAAUACAAAUAGUGACGCCGCAAGUACACUGAAACAUAAAAAGGACAUAGGCCUGAAUAUCCUUGAAUGCCUAAAACUCCUCGGUGGCAUAGCUGCACAAGGUGCUAGCGUGGUUUUCCAACCGGCAAGUGUGGUGUUUAACGCCAUGAGUAUACUUCUGGAAGCCCCCAAGAAGAUACGAGACUUCCAUGAAGCAAUUGACGAAGUUUUUGCCGUUGUCGCACCGUCUCUGAGCCAAUUUAGGAUCUAUGAGCGCAUCGAGCAGUUCAGGAAGAUUGAUACCGACUUGACUCGUGCAAUUCAUAUCACCAUGAUCAGUCUAGUCGAUAUUUGCGCCUUGGUCAUAACACUCAAAGACCCUAAUAGCAAAUGGAGCAAGUUCAAGUCCAACGUCAAGAAGGCGUUGCUUGACGAUGACUCAGGGCUCAGCGUUGAGUUGAGGAAAUUUAGACAGGCCAUUCAUGGACAACAGUCAGUCGAGGCGACUUUGACAUUAGAAGUUGCUCUGGAAAGCAGACACGAAGUAUCCAUUAUCCUCGCAAAGGUCUUCGAGACUGGAAAGUGGACCGAAGAGAUUGCCAGCAAGAUCACCACGUUGCAGCAGGCAGAGACCAAGCGAGCACAGGACACGACGAAGAAGGCAUACUUGUCUAAGAUAAAAGAAAAGCUUGGUAUUGAUGAAAAAGACCUUGAGGUCAGCAGAGACAUGUUCAAGAGACUGUGCGACUCCAGGGUCGAGAACAGCGGGAGCUGGCUUGAUGACGAGGAAGCGUAUACUUCUUGGGCUGACGCAGAUGCUGCCGGGGCACGACCUCUACUAUUGCUACUUGGCGAAAAGAACACCGGGAGAUCUACUACCGUUUCAACGAUUGUCCAGAAACUCAAAGCCAGAUACAAGACACCGACAGAACGGUCUUCCAGAGUUCUCCUGGCCUGGUAUUUCUUCCCUUCACUAUCAGAUAAAGCUGAUAAGGGUGAUCCGACGCCAGCUCGAACAGCCCUGAAGCAUAUUGCUUUACAACUGGCGGAGCAAGACAUGGCACUUGCCAAGAGCAUAGCCUCCAUCUGUGAAGAGAAAGAUAAUGGCACUUACUUCACUGAUGUGAGCUGUGAAUCGUUGUGGAAGGACCUGAAACUUGGACAACCACGUGGAGAUACGACUUACUACUUCAUAUUCGAUGGAGUGGAAAAACUAUCGAAGAUGCAUGCCGAUGCCGGCACGCAGUUAUUUUCUGUUAUCAAGGAGGCUAGUCACUCACAUGCUGCAGAAAGCGAUAGGAGAGGGAUUCGGCUCCUGGUUAGUGGCAAAGGUGACGCAGUCCAAUCACUCGGACGUUUCGAAUCCCCAACAAUCAACAUAGCGAAGUCCAACAGUUCAGACAUUGAAUCGUAUAUCAAGAGGGCAAUGCGCAAAUACGAUAUCUUCCAGGGCAACGACUCGAAGGACGAAACAAGCCGUCAGAAAAUCAACGAGAAACUGAUAGAGAUGGCAGGCGGAAGUUUUUUCAAAGUCCAGUCAGCACUGGAUAGAAUUAAGGACCUGGUAGAUUCAGGCGGACAGGAGUCAGAACUAGAUGAUCUGUUGACAGAGUCUGACUGGGGCCGAGAGGCGAUUUCGAAAAAUGUUGUUGCCGAGCUUCAAGAGCAACUAUCCCCACAGAAUAUUGAUGAGAUAAAUGAGCUGUUGAUCUGGGUAGUCUAUGGUUUUGAGUGGCUUAGUGUCGAUCAACUGGAGGCAGCGCUUAAGCUGGCGAAGAAACUACAGGGGAAAUAUUCCAGACUUUUUGAGGUCGAUGGGCAGAUCACUGUUCGGCGCGAUCUCCUAUCCUUGGUAAUCAAGGACCCAAAGCAACUACAAUCCGUCGAUGACGACACCCCAAGGAUAACAGCGACCAUCACCAUCACAAAGGGCGACAUUACAACGGUGCAGAACUUCCUUUGGGCCUUAUUCCAAAAGUCAGUGGUUGACAAGUUCGAGUUUGAGCCACUAGCUGGACAGGUUACUCAGACUAAGGGCGAAAUCAGGGUGAACGGGUACGACGCACACUUAGCGAUAGUGAUGCAGGCCAUAAGUUUCUUGAUAAAGAAGCCAGAUGAUAGGACUGAAAGUCUGGGAAGAUAUCUAGUCUGUAACCUUCCUAAACAUCUGAAGGAACUUAACAACCCAGAAAGUGAUUACAAAGUCGAUAAUGCAGCAAAGAAAGAAAUUGGCAGUAUGCUUUUCGACAUCCUCGGCCAAGGCACCAUCAUCAGGAGGCAUUGGAACCACUUCGUUGAUUUGCCUCUGUUCGGCGACACGACGCAAAUCUCGACACUUCUGACAUGGCUACAGGAUCCUGAUGUUACUGGACAUUUCGGGAUAUAUCAAAUGGAUUGGCUGGACAAGGUUAUCUCAAGCCCGAGUCCCCACCGUGCUUUACUCUCCUCUAUGGCCCGUGAAGUGGGCCACAGAUGGCUCAAAAGCCGCGGGAAUGACCCUUGUGAAGCAUAUAGGUCUCUCAUCCGGUAUCUCACAUUAGAAGUUUCCGAGGGAGAUUCAAAUGCGUCCGACGAAUCGCUUGUGAUUUUGAGCACAGAUGAAGAGACUUUGCUUCUUGACAAGGCAGAGCGCUGGAGCAAGUGCAUACUUCAAGUUACGGAAGAGCAAUCUUUGUGGUACGAGAGAAUUGGUGAGACUGCCAGAAAGGUCGAUGAGUUCGAUUAUGCGAUAGCGAUGUUCUUGAAGGCAACUAAGAUGCCUGGAGUGUCAUGGACGUGUUACAAAGGUCUAGCACAAGCAUAUUAUCAAGCAGGAAAACUGAAAGACGCCUGCGCAUCACAGAAGAAGGCGUUGGAGGCUCUCUCCGAUGUGAAAGAGUCUUACUCUGGCGCAAUCUGGGCAUUGAACAUGGAUCUUGGAAAAUGGUACUUUGAACUAAAGGAGCCGGACCAAGCAACUAUCUACUACGAAAAGGCUCUAGAGGCGAGUCAAGCUGACGAGACAUAUUACCGCGUGCUGGAAGCCAGCCUUACAUCGCAGUCUAAUGACCGUACAUUAGACCUUGUUGAAUCUAUGAGUCAUAAGAUGUCUACAGAUUGCGGUAUAAGCCGCCUAGGUUCUACACUUCUACUCAUGGCAGCGGAGGAAGAAACUUACGAAAGGUACUUCACCAGUCUGCUCUCGCUAACCGAUUCCCGCGAUGGGAUGCUCGGGAUGGUUCUAAGCGCCAUGGACGAAGCUAUCCAGCUCGCAGCUGACAGAGAGCUGCUGUUUGAGAAGAGCGCCCUUCGGCUCUACAAGGGUUUUGCACUCUAUUAUUACGGAAAAGAAGCCGAUGAGGAUCCACUCGCCUCUGCAGUUAGACUUUGGGAGGAAUGCCACUCUGAUGCGAGAAAGGUUAUUGAAGAAACCGGCACUUACGUCCAGUGGAAAUGGAUGUGGUUGGGCGGCCAAGUCAUCAAUGGUAUAGUGCGCCAUUACUUCAAAGAAGCAACGACAGAAAACACCGAGUCCUCAGCUUUUGGAAAGUUUGGUGAGAUCAUUGUCGGCCACAGAAUUUCGUACGACGACAACCGGGUGUCCCCAGCCGAGUCUUACAUGGGAGCCUACGAAGUCCUGCAAGGAAACCUUACCGCAGCAAGAGCACAUUUCCGCAAGAACAUGCUUACAGCUCAUGAGAUGCUAUCUGACGAUACGGACGAGAAUGAUGCAGAUGCAUAUUUCGUCUUGUUCCAGUGUCUACUUCAUACAGGGGAUGACAUUAAUGCUCUUAUCGCCUUUGAGCUUACAGGACCGAUAGAGAAGACGGUCGAAAUGAGGCUUGGUGAGAUUCGGGGUGAGGAUAAAUUCGCCGCAACGGAGCUUCUUGAGUUUGUGAAAGAGAAGUUCUCACCGAGUGAUGCCGCCCCGACCAGGUACACGGCUGUCCUGGAAGAGUUGCAACGACGAAUCCAUCUGGAACAUGACAAGGAUGAGAAUGCCGCCACAACUGAGUCCUAUGAGAGGAUCUACUCGCUUCUGGCCCAGAAACGACCUGCUGCGGAGGAUGGAAAUGGGCCAAACCAGCCGUAUGAGAUCACUUACGGCGAUAUUGUGAUCAACUGGCGAUACUAUUGUAACGGAAAUUGCGGAAGGACCUGGGAUUUCGAGACUGACAUCAACAUCUGUAAAUACUGCUGGGACACUCCGUUUUGUCAAAACUGUUUACCGCUGCUUCAACAAGGCACAUCAAAGAUGUUGGCUUGUGAUGCAAGCCAUAAGUGGCUUCAUGUUCCGCGGUGGAACUUAAGAGAGAGCACAGGUCUGCGUGAUGGGACUGUCAUGAUGGGAGGCGAAAUUGUUGAUGGUCGACAUAUCGGGGGGCAGAGAGUCAAGAUCAAGGAGUGGUUGAGUACAAUCUGGAAGGAAUGGGAUAUAGAGUAG